AUUUAGUUUUGGUUUUUUUAACAACCCUGUAAAAAAAAGAUACACAAAAUCAGGCGUGUAAAAUCUUGCAAAACCCUCCGUGGGCGAGAGAAGAAAGGAAUGGAUUUUCAAGUGGUAGUGUUAGCCGGAGGCACUUCCAAGAAGCUUUCCCCUCUUGUUUCCAAGGACGUCCCAAAAUCGCUACUUCCCGUAGCCAAUCGCCCGGUUCUUUCAUACGUUUUGGACCUCUUGGAGAAAAGCAAUCUCAAAGAUCUCAUUGUUGUUGUUGAAGGAGAAGAUACUGACGGUCUUGUUGAAAUUUGGAUAUCAGAGGCUUAUGCUGAUCGAUUACAUGUUCAAGUUGCUGCUGUCCCGGAGGAAGUUGGAACAGCUGGUGCUCUAAGAGCAAUUGGUCAUCACUUGACUGCAUCUGACAUUCUGGUUGUGAGCGGCGAUCUUGUUUGUGAUAUAUCCCCUGGAGCAGUGGCUGCUGCUCAUAGACGACAUGAUGCUGUAGUAACUGCAAUGUUUUGUUCCGUGCCAGUCAGUGGCCCCCCUGAAUCGGGCCCCUCGAGUGGAAAGGACAAAACAAAGAAACCAGGACGCUAUAAUAUUGUGGGCCUGGACUCCACCGAACAAUUUCUUCUAUAUAUAGCGGCCGGUAUGGACGUUGAGAAAGAUAUUAAAGUUCAAAAGAGCAUCCUUCGUGCUGUAGGAAAGAUGGAAAUUCGAUCAGAUUUAAUGGACGCUCAUUUAUAUGCAUUCAAAAGGACUGUUCUUAAGGAAGUUCUUGAUCAGAAGCAAAGUUUUAGAAGCUUAAAGCAGGAUGUGCUGCCUUAUCUAGUUAAAAGUCAGCUGAGGUCUGAACUAUUAUUGAAUGGAAGACAAGUCGAAGAAAAUGGCAAUGAGAAGGAUGAUAUCAAUAACAACAAAGUGAUGCUUUCUCAACUUCUGGCCAAUGCAUCUACACCAAGUUUUCAUGAACUUUAUGCGUUGGGUCCCAAUGGUUUUGCCCCAGUUGAGAGAAAAACCCACAAAUGCUGUGUUUAUAUUGCCAGUAAGAGCAAAUAUUGUGCAAGACUAAAUUCCAUUCAAGCGUUUAGUGACAUCAACAGAGAUGUCAUAGGAGAUGCAAGUCACCUAUCUGGAUGUUCCUUCUCUGUGCACAACAAUGUUAUUCAUCCGUCUGCUGUUCUUGGCUCCAAAACCACAGUUGGACCGCAAUGCAUGUUGUGGGAAGGUUCACAAAUGGGUGACAAAUGCAGCGUUAAGCGAUCUGUUAUUGGGCGUCAUUGUCGGAUAGGAUCAAAUGUAAAGGUUGUGAAUUCAGUCAUUAUGAAUCAUGUUACCAUUGGAGAUGGGUGUUCUAUACAAGGCUCCGUUAUUUCCAGUAAUGUACAGCUUCAAGAGCGAGCCGUACUCAAGGAUUGUCAAGUUGGUGCUGGUUUUGUUGUUACUGCUGGCAGUGAGCACAAAGGGGAAGCAUUAGCAAAAAAAUAGAAAAAGUGACCACCAUUACAUUUUUGUCAGGAUCAGUUUGGUUUUGAGUUUACAUUAAUGCUACUGGAAAUCACACCUAUUGUAUAACGAGAGAAAUUUUAUGUUUUAGUGCUAACUGUGUUAGAAUUUAGAAUGUUAGGUUUUUAGUGGUUUGAGGUGAAACUGAAUUUUUUGUAAUAGAGUGAUUUGUGAAUUAUUCUUUCUUCAGUUUGCUCAGUUUGUAAUAGAGCAUUAUACUUCUACAAAGAUGAAUAUAGUAAUGAAUAAUGAUAA